GUCCUCGUGGAGAACACUCCUCCACGGCUGCCUCGGCGGGGCCAUGGCGGCGGGGGAGAACGUCCCAGCAAGCGGCGGGUUGGCGCAGCAGCCACCGCCGAUCGUCACGAACAACGACCUGCCGCUGGCGGCGUCCAACUCCAACCUGCACGCCUUCACGUUCGCGGAGCUGUGCGCGGCGACCGAGGGGUUCGCCUGCUGCAACCAAAUCGGCAGCGGCGAGUUCGGGACGGCGUACAGGGGAUUCAUCGAGGACGGUGUCCGGCCGGGGCUCCCGGCGCAGCCCGUCGCCGUCAAGCGGACACGGUGGCGGGUCGACAACUACGUCGAGGGAAUGGUGAAGGAGGCGAUGUUCCUCGGGGAGCUGCAGCUGCGGCAUCCCUGCCUGGUGAGGAUGAUCGGCUACUGCUGCGAGGAGGAGCACAGGCUCCUCGUCUACGAGCUCAUGGACCAUGGCAGCUUGGACGACUACUUCUUCAAGCCUUUUUAUCGUCCCGUGCUGCCAUGGUCAACCAGACUAAGCAUCGUCUUAGCUACGGCGAAAGGGCUGGUGUCCCUCCACGGCGCGGAGAAGCCAUUGAUCUGCGGCGAAUUCAAUGCCUCCGACAUCCUACUGGACUCGGAUAACAAUGCCAAGAUCUCGCUCUCGGGCCUGAGGCUUGACACGAGAGCGAGCGACGGCUCGGUCACCACCACGCGCUCGCGCCUUGGAACACCGCGCGGCAGCGCACCGGAGUACGUCAUGUCCGGCAGUCUCACCCCGAAAUGCGACGUGUACAGCUUCGGGGUGGUGUUGUUGGAGAUUCUGAUCACAGGGAUGAAGUGGGUAGACAUGAAAAGACCCGUCAAGGAGGAGCGGAACCUGUUGGAGUACGCGCGGCCGAAUCUCGAAGACCCGGUUAAACUGGCAGGGAUCAUGGAUAAAGCAUUGAAGGCCAUCUACCCAGUGGCAGCCGCACACAAGGCUGCCCUGGUCACAUACAAGUGUCUCCAUGUCAAACCCGAGGAGAGGCCAGACAUGUCGGACGUCGUGAAGGCGCUGGAUCUGCUUACCGACGCCGCCAUCAAGGAGGAUCAGUUGCCGGUGCCGGCGCCCGUGUCGCCCAACUCCAACAUGCACAGGUUCACCUUUGCGGAGCUGAGCGCCGCGACCGGAGGGUUCGCCUCAGGAAACAAAAUCGGCAGCGGCAGUUUCGGGACGGUGUACAGGGGAUCCCUCGAGGACGGCUUCCGGCCGGGGCUCCCGGCGAAGCCAGUCGCCGUCAAGAGAGUCCGUGCUGACGACUACCACUCCGAGGAACAUCUGAAAGACUCGAUAUUCCUGGGGGAGCUGCAGCCGCGGCAGCCGAGCCUGGUGAAGAUGAUCGGCUACUGCUACGAGGGGCUGCACAGGCUUCUCGUCUACGAGCUAAUGGGCCAUGGCAGCUUGGCAAACUACCUCUCCAGUGAUAUUCGUGUUGUGUUGUCAUGGUCAACACGGUUAAGCAUUGCUCUAGCUACCGCGAAAGGGUUGUUGUCCCUCCAUGGUGAAGAGAAGCCACUGAUCUCCGUCAAAUUUAACGCCUCCAACAUCUUACUAGACUCGUAUAACAAUGUCAAGCUAUCAGACCUGUGGUUCGCCAGAAAAUUCGGGAAAGGUGACGAUCCUAACGUGUACACACUCAUAACAAGUGGGUACGGCUCUGCGCCGGAGUACGUCAUGUCCGGGGACUUCACCAAGAAGAGCGACGUGUACUGCUUCGGAGUGGUGUUACUGGAGAUCCUAACCGGACAGAGGUUGGCCUGGUUGGCCUGUGCUUCAGAACAGAACCUGCGGAACCUACGACCACGUCUGAGAGACCCGCUCAAGCUAGGGAGGGUCAUGGACCCGGUGUUGAAAGACAUUUACCCGGUGGCAGCGGCACAUGAUGCUUGCAUGGUCGCGUAUAGGUGCCUUCACGCAAGCCCCGGGAAACGUCCAAGCAUGUUGGCUGUUGUGGAGGCACUUGAUUUGCUUGUUGGUGUCACCAUCGCGGACGAGGUCGAAGCUAGUCAGACAAGCACAAGGUCAUGAUCGUGAGCUAAGCUUUGUCAUCGUUUCCAUGUAAACAUGUUAAUCCGAUCUUUAUUUUCUUGUAAUUAUAUAGACGAUCAUUGUCCUUGUGUUUAUACUUAUGUACUAUGGCGUGUUUGCAUGUUUAA